UUGAGGCUGAGAAGUUUAUAGCAGCUCUGCCUUGCUUGCCAAAGAUCCAGCUGCAUUAUGCUGCCCGGCUGCCUGUUGUGUCUGCUCGGGGGCUGCCUGCUCAGGCACUGGGCGUCUGGCAGCGACUUUAACUGCACCGCAAAGCAAUAUCAACACGAUGACAGGUGCUGCAAUCGCUGUGAGCCAGGACUCAAGCUGCUGUCUGACUGCACUGCCUCGCAGAACAGUGUGUGCGAGCCAUGCGAGGAGAGACACUUCCAGUCCGGCUGGACCAGGGAGAAACACUGCACCCCCCACAAAUCCUGCGAUCACAACGCUGGCCUUGAGACGAGGAGCCGCGGGGAUGCCAAGCACAAUGCCGAGUGCCAGUGCCAGCAGGGCAUGUACUGCUCCAGCCCCGACUGCCAGACCUGUUUGAAUAUCACGGCCUGCAGGCCAGGUGAAGGAGUUGCUCGGAAAGCCGACAACCUUUCGGACACAACCUGCGAGCCGUGUAAACAUGGCACUUUCUCCAGCAUCUCCUCUGCCUCUGAGCCAUGCCGCCCCUGGACAAGCUGCGAGUCACUGGGGCUGGUGCUGAAGGUGCCUGGGACAAACCGCUUGGAUGUGGCUUGUGAGCCUGGCCGCAGCCGCUCCCCAGUGCUGAUCUCCGUUAUGGCCAUUAUUGCAGCCUCUCUUGUGGGGCUCAUUCUCUUCUGCCUGUAUCAAAAAGGUCUCCAGAAGCACCCAGAGAAGCAGGGCCCGGAGCGGCUGGAUCCCGCGGAGAUUGUGGUGCUGGCGCCGCCCCAGCAGCCAGCCGCGGUGGGGUGCGAGGAGCAUGACGAGCGCCAAGACUUCCCCGUCCAGGAGACCCUGCUGGGGCGCCAGCCCGUGGCACAGGAGGAUGGCAAGGAGAGCCGCAUCUCGGAGCAGGAGAGGCUGUGAGGUCCUGUCGUGGGGAGCAUCUGCCUUGUCCAGCACACACAGCCAGGGCUGACCUCCUCCGCCCGGCACACAGCAGGGGGCUGUGCCAUGGGGCAACCCGGCGCCCUCCUCCCUGCCCUGGCUCGGCCCCGGGCAGGGGCGCUGGUGGGGGGCAGUGAGACGAGGCCCAGCACAGUCAGGAGCAGAGCAUUCAGGGGUGUACAGAAAGUGGGGUGGAGCAGUGACUCUCACCCUUUUCCGACUCCUGUACCCUUCAGGGGCUGAUUUGUCUUGCGUACCCCCAAGUUCCACCUCACGUAAAAAUGACUUGCUUGCAAAAUCAGACAUAGAAACCCCAAAGCGUCACAGCCACUGGAGCUGAACAAUGGCUGAGUUUCUCAUUGGCACCAUGUCGUUCUAAAAUAAAGCGAUUGGAAUACGAA